CUAGCUUCUUGGACAAGUAUUUCUGUCCCACUGUCAGGUAGUUGAGAAUUUGUUUGUCCAAAGCACUGCAGACAUGGACAUGGCAGACUACAGCGAGGCUCUGGACCCAGCGUAUACCACACUGGAGUUUGAAAACAUGCAAAUGCUCCCCUUGGGCACAGACUCCUCACCGACUGAGAGCGCCAACAUGAAUGCUACCGGCCACCUCGGGGUUGGCAGCCUGUGUGCCAUAUGUGGAGACAGAGCCACCGGCAAACACUACGGGGCCUCCAGCUGUGACGGCUGCAAGGGCUUCUUCAGACGCAGCGUCCGCAAAAACCACAUGUACUCGUGCAGGUUCAACAGACAAUGCAUUGUGGACAAAGACAAGCGAAAUCAAUGCAGAUACUGCAGACUGAAGAAAUGUUUCAGAGCCGGCAUGAAGAAAGAAGCCGUGCAAAAUGAAAGAGACAGAAUCAGCACCAGGAGAUCCAGCUAUGAAGACAGCAGUUUACCCUCAAUCAAUGCACUCAUCCAGGCAGACGUGCUGUCAAGACAGAUCACCUCCCCUGCUCCUAUACUGAACAGCGACAUAAGGACUAAAAAGAUCGCCGCCAUCACGGAUGUGUGUGAGUCCAUGAAACAGCAGUUGCUGGUCUUAGUGGAGUGGGCCAAGUACAUCCCAGCCUUCUGUGACCUGCCCCUGGAUGACCAGGUGGCGUUGCUGCGAGCGCAUGCUGGAGAGCACCUCUUGCUUGGCGUUGCAAAGAGGUCGAUGCUUUACAAAGACAUUCUCUUAUUAGGAAAUGACCACAUCAUUCCCAGAAACUGCCCAGAGUUAGAGGUUGGCAGGGUGGCGGUGAGAAUCCUGGAUGAACUGGUGCUUCCCUUCCAGGAGCUUCAGAUAGACGACAAUGAAUAUGCCUGCUUGAAAGCCAUCGUUUUCUUUGACCCAGAUUCUAAAGGUCUGAGUGACCCUGGAAAAAUCAAGCGGAUGCGAUACCAGGUCCAGGUCAGCCUGGAAGACUACAUCAACGAUAGGCAGUACGACUCCCGGGGACGCUUCGGGGAGCUGCUCCUGCUGCUGCCGACGCUACAGAGCAUCACCUGGCAAAUGAUCGAACAGAUCCAGUUUGUCAAACUCUUCGGCAUGGCCAAGAUCGACAACCUGCUACAGGAAAUGCUUCUCGGAGGUUCUGCCAAUGAGGCUUCACACGCACCUCACUCUCUGCACCCUCACCUGGUUCAAGAGCACCUCAGCAGCAAUGUUAUAGUGACCAGCAACAUCCCAACGCCGAUCCAUAACGGUCAAAUCUCCACUCCUGAAACCCCAAUCCCAUCUCCACCUACUGCCUCCAGCUCAGAACAUUAUAAACUGACUCAGGGGGUCAUAGCCACCGUGCCCAAGCAGCCAACCUCCAUCCCUCAGCCUACUAUUACAAAGCAAGAGGCCAUCUAACAAUCUUCUGAACCCAUAUUCCUUCAGUUUUUGUAUUAUGUUAAACCAGGGUCGAUAUGCGUAUAUUCAUACAUAAUCAGCAUUGAAGCUGUUAACUUGACUGAAACAAUAAAGUUGUUAGUUAUCCCAAAAAUAUCAAACUGCAAUUAGUCCCUCGCAGAUUGCUCUUUUUCUUCAGGGAAACAUUUGUUCACGCGCGCAGCAGCAGUUGAACUCCACAGCUCAGCGAAACCAGACAAAACUAAUAGCAUCCAAACUAUCCAUUCGUACUGUUGUUCUGUAAAGUUGACGCAUAGAAAGACGUACAUUGUUGUAUAUAUUUAGUUUUUUAUUGGGUAACAUCACUUCUUUUCACAUGUCCUCAGUGUGUGCAGUAAGGCUCAUGUUAGACAUGGUGGGGGGUCAUGUCAGUAUUUUAUGAAUGUUACAACAGGCUUACAUUGUCAUGUAUUUAGUGUUGCACAGUUUUUUUAUUUUAUGUUUAUUAGUGAUGAAAUUGUGUCAACUUUCAGUUCGGAAGUCUUUAUCAAAGCUGACAGAAAUCACUUCAGAGUUCAGCUUUAAAUAUUCUGUGAAAAGAUUAAAAUGUAUGUUGUUGUAUAUAUUGGAAAAUACACAUUACAGAAGUGAAAUUGAACAUGUUGAAAUUUACACCAAGGAACCUUGGUAGAAAUGGUGAACUCUGUUGUGCCACUUUAUAAAAGUCACGGGCAGACACACUGAGGAAGUUUCCCAAUCACAUGUUGUAUUUCUUUUUUUAAUAUAUAUAUUAUAUUUUUGUUUAGUACUUUGUCAAGGUUUAACUGAUGGAAUAAAUUGUGCCUUGUAACCUGUACUGCCUUACAAAAACAGGCAAUAUUUUGCCUGACAAUGUGAAGAUGACUUAAUAAAUCUCAAGAUCUA